AUGUCCGAUAUUAACACAACUCUCCUCAACUCAAUUCAAAAGAUUGAGGUUGAUCUUGCUGAAAUCAAGCAAGCAUUGCGCGAGCUUCAAAGGCAAUUCAGCAAUCAAUUUGCACCAGCAGUCAGUGCGGAAGAUCUAACUACAAUGCAACAAAGCAUUAUUGAGCAGAGUUCUCUUGAGCGCAUUGCCGAGUCUGUGAAAAGAGCCCAGCUCACAGAGUACCCUGAUCAGCUUGGUAAGCGAGUAAUCAAUACUGGUGGCGAGUUCAAAGGAAAAAACGAAGCGCAAAAAUACAAUCUGUUGCUUCAGAUUCUUCACGAGCAGGACUGGAAGGCGCGCUGCAAAGAAGUUCCACAAGGGCAGCCUUUGCCCCCAUUAGUCCCUCUUUCAGACCAUGAUUUGACAGUAAAAAGACUGCAUCUCAAAACAUUAGGCUGUAUGGUAAAGCAUGAUAUCAUUGACAAAGACUAUCCUGCGGCCUCAAAAGAAUGGAAGAAUAUCCCAGAGAAAAACAGGGAAUACUACAUGAUGCAUUUGGAGAGGUUGGCAAAGAAUGGUGGAUUGCACAUCCACCAAUGUAAAAGAAUGUGGUGUGCAAGAAGCCUUCUUCGGGAAAGCUUCAAGAGCGACAACCAGACGCACAAGAGAAGAAUGGCAGAGAAGAACAAAACACAGCGAGACAUAAGUGAUUCUUCGCUUUCUUCUCCUGAUAUGUCAGAAACUGGUGAUGUUGAGUCGCCCAUAAUGGCAGAUGUGCUGUCUCCUCCACCCACAGCAAGUGUCGAGCCUGCUCACAAGAGAAGCCAAAGAUCAGUAAAUGCUUAUUUUACUGAACAAGUAAGCAUAUUAUAUAAAGAAAUUGACCAUUCUGUUAAAGCUGCAAAGGAAAAACAAGAGGUUGUGCUAGAAUUGAAAGCAAUAGAACAAAAGAAAGAAUUAAAAAAUGGCAGUUAUGUUACCAAAGUGUGCAUGACAGAUAAAAGAACUGCCAAGUGUCAUGCCCAGAAUGAUAAUGACAGGAAUAUGGAUAAAACCAUUAAUGAACAAAUAGUUUUGACAGCCGAAGUAAACACUGGUGAAGCUGAUAUGGACGUAGAUCAAAUUGAAGAACAUAUUGAAUAUGAUAAUUACUCCGAUGGUGCACCCUCACCAGAGCAGUAUGUCAAUACCCACUUACCUCUUUUGGUGGAAGAAUCUCUUUUUGAAACAGAGGAGUAUACCUCAGAGUAUGAGUCUGAAUAUGAGUCGUUGGAUGAAUUUGAGCAAGAAGAACAGAACAGAGAGCAAGAACAGGAGUCUACAGAAAACCUUCCAGAGAAUAUUUGGCAUCAAGUAAUUGCGGUUUUCACUGUGAUAUUUAUUUCUAGCUUCAUUGUAGAUGAAGGCGCAGUAAUUUUGAUUACAUUCAUAAAUACAAUCCUCGAACAUUAUGGAGAGGAUUUCCGACUUCCCACAAGCAUUCCGGGUUUGAGGAAAAUGACAGGAUACAAUGACUUGACAAAUGGCGUAUCAAAAUAUGUAGCAUGCAGUAAUUGUCACACAUUGUACGAUUAUAGCAACAACACACAUACAUCCUGCAAUUUCAAAAGAGUUGGUAGUAAGACGCAUUGUAAGAAUGAUCUCUACAAGUCUAGUAUGAAGAACGCCAUGAUUCCAAAGUGCACAUUUGUUUAUAACUCGUUGACAACUACCUUGAAAAAAAUGUUUACACGUCCUUCUUUUGAGAUGCGUGCAACCAUUAUCGAUCCCAUGCACAACCUUUUUCUCGGGACUGCAAAACGAAUGAUGGAUAUUUGGAUUGCAAACAAUUUGCUUGAUGACAAAGAUUUUGUAGAGAUGCAGGAAGAGGCUAAUAGAAUGACACGCCUGCGAGAUGAUCUGCUUGGCAAUUGGAUCCAUUUUGUCAAUGCAUGCAGAGAAUUGACGAAGCCAAGUAUCACCAAAAAUGGGAUCAAAAAAGCUCACGAAAGUUUGGAGAAGUUCUGUGUUGGUUGUGAAGACUUUUAUAAACCAGAUGUAUUCACGCAAAACAUGCAUCUCCAUCUCCAUCUAAAAGAAACGAUUGAGGACUUUGGGCCAAUUUACGGAUUUUGGCUAUUUAGCUUUGAGCGCUAUAAUGGUGUAUUGAAAGGGUUUGAGACAAACCAGAAGAGUGGGUUCGAGAAUACCUACAUGAAAAGGUUUCUUGAGAGUUCUUACAAUGGUGACUUUUGUCAAGCGCAUCUCAGAAAUGUUACCAGCCCUUUACUCCUCUCUCUCUUUCUCAAGCUGUCUGGUCGUAAAAUCUAUAAUCCUGCACUUUCGCCACAUCCUUUGAUACCGUCAUUCUUUCACUUGCCAACGUUCCUACAAUCCGCUGAAAAGCCUUCAAAGCAAACAUUUGGCAACGAACCUCUACCUCUUUCCGCUCUACCAUUGUGUUUGAAGCCACCAACAACAAUGAGAAAAUCUGAGUAUGAUUGUCUGCUCGAUUUCUAUAAAAUUGAGUAUGACAAUGAUUCUCUUUGCAGUGCCAAGACAACAAUCAGGAAUUGUUGGUUUGUGAAUGACCGAAUCCAGAAGAUUUUGUCCAUCAAUCUUCUUGGACAAGUUUACACAGGUGGAGAAGGCUUGGUCAUUAGAGGAUCGCAUAUACAAGCGAAAUUUAUUGAAAAAAGUGGAGACUCUGAGGAAAGAUAUGCUGGUCGUAUUAAGUACUUGUUCUUGCACGAUUUUACACCAAACCUCACGCACACCAACCUUUCCCCUUGUCACAACCCCCAACACGUAUUUGCCUUCGUUGAGUGGUACAAAAUUCCUCGCCAUCAACCUAGAAUCAAGCAGGGCAUCGAGUUGUAUGAGCCAGAAUUUCUGAAGUAUGACUACGACAACAUUCUGCCUGUCCACCGUAUCUUGUCGCCAAUUGCAAUUGGAAGUCAUAUGUCUGGUAGUGGUGCGGCAAAAGUCGUUGUUAUUCCUCUGCCAAGAAAGCUGUACGCUUAA